AUGCCACCGAUCGCAUCUGUUGGCAACGGCAACGAGCUUCAAGCCGACACCGCCACUCUCAACGACUGCACUCGCGACAGCUUCGAGCACGGCAACCCACGAAACAUGGCGCAGCCUCCGAAUGCCGACAGCAGUCUCCUUGAGGCCUUGCCCGACGAACUUCUGAUAGGCAUUUUCGAGCAUCUCGUCUGCGAGAAAGACUCCACGGACGAGCCCGCCUACGAUACUAUUGCCUUCUACAGCCUCUGUUUGGUCUCGAAGCGAAUUGACCUCAUCGCACGGCCCUAUCUGUCCAAGGAGAUAUACAUAGAUCGCCCAGGCACGCUGAUCAGGCUCUACCGUACCAUUGCUGGGGCUCAGCAUCUCGGUGGACAAAUAAAGGCAAUUGAUCUCGACAUCGACCUCGACGUGAUCGAACUCGAUGCAGCUGAACGAAAAACGCUCCAGGACGACUGCUACCAGCAAACUGGCCAGUGCGGACUUGAUAUGUCAAACAGUACUACGGAGGAUUGCGACAAGAUUGGCAUCCUGUGCUACAAGCUCCUUUCUCAGGCCGUCAACUUGUCCUCGCUGGAGAUCAGUGUCAACCCUGACGAAGACCUGGACAGCAAUUCUGACCAAGGCGACGUGGAGAGCCGUGGCUUGUCCCGUCACGAGAAUCACUAA